AUUUAGAUCUUUGGGCAGUUUCCCACUUAGGCCGAUUUCGGUAAGUAGGACUGAUCUUUCAUUUAUGAGCUGCUUCGGCCUUGAAGCUGCUUUAUCUUUUGGACAGAUUUUUGCUUUGGUAUCACAUUGGAUCUGGACUUUGAGACAUUUUGAAUUAAUUUUUCGCGUUAUAGCUUUGAAGCUACUUUGGAUAAGCUACUUUUGGGUAUUUUGGUCUGCUUUUGAGUAUUUCGGGUAA